UCACCCCCUGUCCCUGUCUGAUAGUAUUUUAUGUCGUAUAAAAAUUAAUUGCAAUUAUUAAUUGAAUACCACAAUCAUGGUUUAUUAAAAAUUUCAUUAUUAAAUAAGUUAUUUUGCGACCUUUAUAAUGAGAAAAAAUGGAGUGUGAUAGAAAAGAAGCUUUCAUUAAAUAAACUUUCGAAGAUGAUGUAAACAGAAACACAGGUUUAUUAAGUAUAUGGUUAUAAGAUUAACGUAACAAACCAUUUUGCUAUUUGCAAAAAGUAUGAAUAAUGCACGAAAUGUAACGUAAUCUGAAUAAAUGAAAAAGUGGUAUGGAAAAAAAAUGUGUUUUGAAUUUUUUAAAAAUUAGUUAACUUUAUUAAGCUACAACAGUUUACAAAGACUUCGAAUGUACAUCCAUCACCACAUAAUUUGCAAUACAAAAUAUCAAAGAAAAAUCUUCCAAGCAUAAUGAAUUCAAUUUCAGGCAGAAAUGAUAAACCAAUUCUUGAACUGUCUAGUUUAUUGAGAUUUAUUACUGAUGGAUCUUGUGAUGAAUGUGAAAAAAAUAAUGAUCUACAGAUGUUUGUAACUGUUAGUAAAACAAUUGAUGCAAACAGAAUGUCAAUUAAAAGAAGCAUGCAAUUGCCAAAAACUUUUAGGAUUAUUAAAUUGUCACCAAUCUCAAAAUUAAUCUCCAAAAGGUAUAGAUAUUCUAUAUUGAGGCAUAAGUGUAUCAUAUUAUUCCAAUGUGUGGUAAAGAAAAAGAAAGUUAAUAUUUUUAUUUUCUUCCCAUAUAAAUCCAAAGUUGAAAUCAAUUCACAAGAAAUAAAAAUAAGAAGAUAUCUAUUAUCUAUCACUUGUACAAAUGACGAUAAAAUAUCAAAAAUCUUUGAGACCCACAUUUAUUAUGUUCUCCGAAAAGUCGAAGACCAAUUCAGAAGAGAUACUUUGCAAACAAAUUGUGCAAAUAAUAUAGCCAUGAUUAAGAAGAGAUUAAUAAAAGAUAGUGUCAAUAAAAUAUCGCAUAGGACUCCCACAUCAGAAAUGUACAUAUUAAAAGAAAGCAAAAGCAGCUCUAAUCUUUCAAAACAUUUACAAUUAUGUAAUAACUCUUUAACAAAAAUGAGAUCAAAUGCAAAUUUAUUAGAAAUGAGAAAUUCAUCGUUACCAUUGUCUGGUAAUGAAGAAUUUUAUCUAGUUAAAAGAAUACAACUUGUUUACAUAAUGUCUAAAUCUAGAAAAUGUCCACAUUAUCCAACAUGCUCAAAAAAGAUGUUUCAUAGUAAGAAAAGCCACUGCGUUUCUAACAUCUUUGAACAAUCAUGUAAGUUACAUAAUGAAUUAUUAAAGAAGACUGCAAUGCCAUGCUGUAAAAACCAUAAAGAUAAUAUGAAUACUGUUAUGGAUAGUAUGAUAAAAAAAAGACGCUGUAUAGAAAAAGAAUAUGAACAUAUGCUAAGACAAAUUUCCAAAUUAAUGCAUACCUGUAAUGACGAAAAAUCUAAAUUACGGGUAACUUCUAAGCAUUGUUACCCCAAGAAACCUAAAUGUAAGAAAGAAAUUUUGCCACUUUGUCAAAACUGUAAGCAAAAUUUGAAGGAAAAACCCAAAAAUAUUUGUAAACCAAAAUGCAUGGAUAAUUUUGGUAAAAUAAUAAAAAGUACAUAUGACCGGUGUUCUAAACAAGCUAAGACGAAACUGAAGAAUAACAACAUAGGUAAAAUUAUAAAGGACACAUAUGGCCAGUGUUCUAAACAAGCUAAAAUGAAAUGUAAAACAAUUCAUUUAGAUAAAAUUAUAAAAAAAUUAUAUGGCCAGUGUUCUCAACAAGUUACAUCAAAAGUGAUCACAAAAUUGAAACCUACAAAGCAAGAUUGCUACAUGUUUAGUGUGCAUGCUUUCCCGAAUCAGAAACUUGUUAGUGAACCUGAGAUGUGCCAUUUCAAAAAAAAUGCUGUAUUCCAAUUUAUGUCUAUAAUGAAUCAGGAACAAUCAAAAGUAGUGAAUUGUGCAGCGAUGAGCAAGAGAGAUUCAAUUAUUGAAAACGAUACUUCGACGCUUGGAUUGCAGCAGAGAAAUUAUUUAAAAAGUAAAUUAUUAUUGGUAAAGAAGAGGACCUCAGUAGUAUUUCUUGAUGUUAAUAAUUUUGCUGAAUAUGACAUCUGCCUGCAGGGAAUGUUCAAAGAUCCCAGCAAAGUUAGUUCACACAAGAGUCAGAAGAGUAUAUCAUUUGAUAUACCUGAAGAUAAUGAAUCUUUGCAAAGUUCUAUUGAGUCUUCGCACUCACCAUAUCCUUGUUGUAUAAAAAAUUGCCAAGAUACGGAUGAACCUAAAUGUAUGUUAGGAGACAAUCAUGAUAACGAAUUAUCAAAUGAAUGCAAAAAUAAACUUUGCAAUGCAAAAACUUCUCCCAUCAAGGUGAAACUUCCUCUCCCUAAAUGUAUAGAUUGUACAAGAGAUAACAAACAAUGUGAUAUGGGUUUAAAUACAUUGCCACAAUACAUUGAAGAGGAAUAUAAACCAGUAAUAAAUUCAAAAACUCCAAGAAUAAUAAGACGACAAAAAAUUACACCCAGUUUUUCACCGGAUUGUAUAAUUGAAAUUAACAACAACGGAAAAGAUCUCGAGUCACUUGAAUUGAUAGAUAACGUUCAGCAAAUUAAGAACAGAAAAUGCCAAGAAAAAACAGACAAAAAACCCCAUCCACCCUUUUGGGUUAAAUUAUUUCAGAAGAUUACUAAGAAACGCAACAAUACUAAAAAAAAAAUUUGCAAGACCGAUUCAAAGGAACUUUAUAAAUGUUUUCUUGAAGAAGAUUACAAAAAUUGCAAUAAUAUAUUAACAUACAGUGACUUUAAAAAAAUGAAUGAACAGCAACUGUUAGACAUAAUAUGCGAAUUGAAAAAAGCAACGUUUUGUAAUUCUCCUCACGAUUCCAUACAAGAUGUUGAAACGAGUUCAAAAAGUUUAUCAAGCGAUUCUUAUAUCGGAAAAGACAUGGAUGAGACUGAAUAUAAUUUAAGUAGAUAUUGUCGUCACAAAUAUAAAAAUAAACGAAAUGUUACAACAAAAGUAUCACAAAAAUUUAAAGCUCCAGAACUCUUGAAUAAGAAUUCUAGGACGAAACAUUUAAUACCUAAACGAAAAGUUUUUACAAGUAAUUAUUCCCAAUGCGAGAAAGUUUCCAGUAAAUCAGUUAAAAAUAUUUAUUGGCGUUGUGCAACAAAAGAUGGUAAGAAAAAAAAGAAAAGAAAUAAACUUACGAAAGUUAAAAAACCACGAAUAUUAAAGCAACAAAUUAUAAAAUGCCACUUGUCAUCACAUCGAGGAAUGACUUUUAAACAUGCAGAAGAACAACCAGAAUGCAUAAGAAAUGUUGAUAAUUGUGGUAAAAAUCUGACUUCGGUACAUUCGAUUGAAUGUAUUCAGUCUUUAACUGAUUAUGAAAAGAUCGAAAACCAUAGACCCUUUUGGUUUAAAAAACGUCCAAAAAUUAAAACAAAGAAAAAUCAACAAAGCCAAGCUUGCGAGACUGAUAUAGAGGAACAGUGCGAACUUAUCCUUGAAGAACAUAACGCAGAAGCAGACGAACUAACAUUUAGUGUGUUUGAAAUAAGUACCGAAAAGCAACUCAGACACGUUAUAUAUGAUUUAGAAAGCGCCACAUCCUCUUACCAUUCAAGUUUAAGACGAAAAGAAAGUUCACAGACUUGUGUGGCGCUAGGUUCAGAUGAACCGUGUAAUCUUAUCUUAUCUGAAGACGUUGAAUUAACAUUUAGUGAUUUUGAAACAAUGGACGAAAACCAGUUGCACGAUAUAAUAUGCCAAUUACAAAACGCCAUGUUAUCUUGUGAUUCAAAUCCACAUAGACCAUCUUUCGAGAUAAAUGAAAAACAUUGUGAUGAUGGAUUAACAUUUGGAGAUUUUCAAAGAAUGAGCAUUAAACAACUGAAAGACAUAAUAUCUGAGAUAGAAGCGAUGAACUCCGAUUGUGAUACGAGUACCGCAUUGGAAGUUGAAGCAAGUUCCGAUACCGAGUCAAUAAACACAUCUUGUAUGAGCGAUGAAGUACAAGAAUCUGUUUCGAGUGCAGUGUACUCGUUGUCUACCUAUACUUCUGAUGCAGAAUCAAAUCACGCAGGGUUUAGUUUUUUAAUACGUCCUAAUAAUACUAAUCUUCAUAAAUUCUUUCGAAUUUUUCGUAUUAAAUGACUUUGAAAACUGUUAUUACUUUUGAAUAAACCAUAUAUGUUC